GUGUUUAUCAAGUGACGAUUUGCACAGAUGCCCCAUGCGGUGGUGCCUCAUGGACAACGUCGUCUCGGUGGCCCUUUGAGCGACGAGACAGUCCGUGUUUUCAACGUCCUCGCGACGGCGCCGCUCCGCCAGAAGCUCCAACGGCUCGAAGCUGACGGCGCCCAGGCGACGCACCACGAUACGAACGCCGCCGAUGGCGAGACAAAGCGCCACGAGGAGAUAAACCGCCUUCGAGGCGAGCUUGUUGCGAUGUCGGUGACCCCUUCCGGAGCUAUUUCGACGGCAGGGCUUGCAAUCGUGUGCAAGGAGCUGCAGCUGGCCUUGACCAAAGCCGAAAUCGAGCGCGUGAUCUGGGAGGUCGACGAAGACAUGGACGGACGCAUCUCGUUUGCUGAGUUUUCUGCCAUGCUCGAACGCUGCAGUCGGGACAAGCACGGUCUUGAACCGUGCCAAUUGAUUCCGCUGGUCGAGUUCCUCUCUUGCGACCCGAGCGCAACGCCACACCGCGUCUCACUCGACGAGCUCUGCAAGCGCCGUCUUCGGCGAAGUGCUACCGUGGAACUCGAGAAGCGCCUUAGGACGCUCGACACGCAUGGCGACAAUUCAAUCUCGCUGCAGAUGUACUGGGAUACCAUCAACGCUGACGUGCCCAAGCCCGUCACCUAGAAUCGAGUUGACGAUGGUGCGUGCGUUAAACGAGUA